CUCCUGAAAUAUCCAGAAAUACUAUUUUCUUUACAAAUUGUUUGCUACUAUUUAGAGUCAACUACAGAAAUAUUUUUUUGUGUAAAUAAUGUGAUGAGAAAUUUAAAUCAUUUCACAGAAAAUGCCCUUAUUCACCUUUCCUAUUUUACCUACGUUUUUGGUAAGAAUUUUGUAGAAAUUCAGAGGAGCUCUUAAUCAUCUACAAUGAAGGCAUUCAUGGAGAAUUUACUUUUGAGGUGGACUUUGAAAGAUGAAUAGAAUUUUGACACAUAAAGAUGAAGUAAUAGAAGAAAAACCUUGAACAAAGAGUGUACCAAGAAAGAGACAACAUAUUUUCUGUAAAAUAUGACUCAUAUUGGAAAGUGGUUAGCCUUAGCACCGAGAAGAUUGGCUCAUGGUCAUGUAGCCUAUCUCCCAGAUGGAAGUCUAAUGUCUUGACAAUUGGUCAAUAAAAAGAUAAACUUGCUGAAGAUUUUAGUGCAAUCGAGUGAAAACUGCACUAAUAAAGACAGAAAUUAUCUCACAUGAAAGGAGAGAUGGGAUGUAUACAAACUUUAAAUAUGGUAGGCAAGGGAAAAGAAAUCAUAAAAAUACAUAUGAGUAAGUGUGGAGAAUUGCCAUGCUAUAAAAAUUGUGAUUUUUUAAUGAUUUGGGUUUUGGGUGAUUAUUGAUUAGAUAUUCUUCUAACUUUGGUUGACUCAUUUUCUAGGCAAUGUUAGGGUAUACAGGUUAAAAUGUAAGGUAGAAAAUGAAAAUAGGGGGUUGCAGAUAUGGAGUUAAGAAUACUUCAAAUAAUAGGCUAGUUUAAAGCCCUGGAAAUAGAAAUGUUAAAUAAAAAGAUUGGGGAAAAAAGGUUAAAGGCAUAAUUCUGGAAAAUACUCACUUUUUGGAGCAGAAGAAAGAUGAAGAACUAACAAACAAGUCAAUGGUGGAAAUACUACUAGAGUUUGACAUGUCAGAGAAAUCAUAGAGGAAAAUGUUUUAAGUGAGAGGCUAAAUUUAACAAGCUAUAGAGAUAUCGGGAAAUAGUGUAAAGAAUAUGCACAUACAUUUUUAUUACUUUAGUAAGUAAAACUGUUCAGGCAAUUUGACAUUUAUUGAAUAAAGAAAAGCAGAAAUUUAACAAUAAGAACACAAGAAGAUAAAAUGUAGAAAAGUUAGAAUUAUAUGCUCACCUCAGAGUAAUAUAUGCCAGUGUUUCUGGUGACCAAAUAAUUAUUAAUGCAUUUCUUCCACACGAAACUAUGGAGGACAGUUUACAUUUCUGAUAUCCAUGACAUACAGGUCAUACUUUAUUAUUAAUUGAUACGAUAUUUAAAAUAUUGGGAAGAAAUUCCUUUCCUUAUGAAGAAGAAAUCCCUAGAUGAAACUAAUGUAAGGAGCCAGAUGGUAUGAAUACCUCUGCAACUGAUGAAGUUAAGGAUUUACUAUUAAAGUAUGAUAAAGAAAUAGAAGGUGCAUGAAAGAACCCAGAUAUUGCGGAAGUAAUUCAUGUAAUCAUUACCUUUUGAAGCCACAUGAUGUCGCUGUCUACUAAGAAGUUCUGGUUAGCCAAGGUUCAAAGUCGUUCCUCUGACAGCAUCUGUCUCUAAAGGCUGAACAAUGGGAGAUGCAGCGGAAUUGAAUUAAAAGACGCCGGAAAGUACAGUCGUUCAUCUUCAUAUUAAGAUAAGAUUUUCUGAUAGGAAACGACUAUUUAACAUGGUUUGUCACUGGCGAGGAGACCUGGGAUCCCGGCGACUACUACUCUCGCUUCUGCUCCUCGCAGCCUGGAAGGCGGGGAGCGGCCAGCUCCACUACUUUGUCUCCGAGGAGGCCAAACACGGCACCUUCGUAGGCCGCAUCGCGCAGGACCUGGGACUGGAGCUGGCGGAGCUGGUGCCGCGCCUCUUCCGGGUGGCAUCCAAAACACACGGGGACCUUCUGGAGGUAAAUCUGCAGAAUGGCAUUUUGUUUGUGAAUUCUCGGAUAGACCGCGAGGAGCUGUGCGGGAGGAGCGCGGACUGCAGCAUCCACCUGGAGGUGAUAGUGGACAGGCCACUGCAGGUUUUCCAUGUGGACGUGGAAGUGAAGGACAUUAACGACAACCCGCCAGUGUUCCCGGUAAAAGAGCAAAAGCUAUUUGUUUCGGAAUCCAGAAUGCCAGACUCUCGGUUUCCGCUAGAGAGCGCGUCUGAUGCAGAUGUUGGAGCUAACUCCGUGUUAACUUACAGGCUUAGCUCUCAUGAUUACUUCAUGCUAGAUGUGAAUUCAAAGAACAAUGAGAAUAAACUGGUUGAGCUCGUAUUAAGAAAAUCCUUGGACAGAGAGGACGCUCCUGCACACAACUUAUUCCUGACAGCCACAGAUGGCGGCAAACCUGAGCUCACAGGCACUGUUCACCUGCUGGUCACAGUGCUGGAUGUGAAUGAUAAUGCUCCCACUUUCGAACAGUCUGAAUACGAAGUAAGAAUAUUCGAAAACGCAGACAACGGAACAACAGUUAUCAGACUGAAUGCUUCUGAUCGGGAUGAAGGAGCGAAUGGGGCCAUUUCAUACUCUUUUAAUAGCCUUGUUGCAGCCAUGGUUAUUGACCACUUUAGCAUAGAUCGAAAUACAGGAGAAAUAGUGAUUCGGGGUAAUUUGGAUUUUGAACAAGUAAAUUUAUAUAAAAUCCGCGUUGACGCAACGGACAAAGGUCAUCCUCCCAUGGUGGGUCAUUGCACCGUUUUAGUGAGAAUUUUGGAUAAAAAUGAUAACGUCCCUGAGAUAACAUUGACUUCCUUAUCCUUGCCUGUACGUGAAGACGCUCAAUUCGGUACUGUCAUCGCCCUAAUUAGCGUGAACGACCUUGACUCAGGUGUCAACGGGCAGGUAACCUGCUCCUUGACGCCCCAUGUCCCCUUCAAGCUGGUGUCCACUUUCAAGAAUUACUACUCGUUGGUGCUGGACAGCGCCCUGGACCGUGAGAGCGUGUCAGCCUAUGAGCUGGUGGUGACCGCACGGGACGGGGGCUCGCCUUCGCUGUGGGCCACGGCCAGCGUGUCCGUGGAGGUGGCCGACGUGAACGACAACGCGCCGGCGUUCACGCAGUCCGAGUACACGGUGUUCGUGAAGGAGAACAACCCGCCGGGCUGCCACAUCUUCACAGUGUCAGCGGGGGACGCGGAUGCGCAGGAGAACGCGCUGGUGUCCUACUCGCUGGUGGAGCGGCGGGUGGGCGAGCGCGCGCUGUCGAGCUACGUGUCAGUGCACGCGCAGAGCGGCAAGGUGUACGCUCUGCAGCCACUGGACCACGAGGAGCUGGAGGUGCUGCAGUUCCAGGUGAGCGCGCGCGACGCAGGCGUGCCGCCUCUGGGCAGUAACGUGACGCUGCAGGUAUUCGUGCUGGAUGAGAAUGACAACGCGCCGGUGCUGCUGGCGCCUCGGGUGGGUGGCACUGGUGGUGCAGUGAGCGAGCUGGUGCCGCGGUUGGUGGGUGCGGGCCACGUGGUAGCAAAGGUGCGCGCGGUGGACCCCGACUCGGGCUACAAUGCGUGGCUUUCGUAUGAGCUGCAGCCAGCGGCAAGCAGCGCUCGGUUCCCGUUCCGCGUGGGGCUGUACACGGGAGAGAUUAGCACGACUCGUGUCCUGGAAGAAGUGGACUCUCCGCGCCACCGCCUGCUGGUGAUAGUGAAGGAUCAUGGUGAGCCGGCGCUGAUGGCCACGGCCACCGUGCUGGUGUCGCUGGUGGAGAGCGGCCAGGCUCCAAAGGCGUCUUCGAGGCCGUCGACUGGCGCUCUGGGUCCCGAAGCGGCGCUGGUGGAUGUCAACGUGUACCUGAUCAUCGCCAUCUGCGCGGUAUCUAGCCUUCUGGUGCUCACGCUGCUACUGUAUACUGCGCUGCGGUGCUCAGCUCCGACCACUGAGUGUGGGUGCCCGGCGGGCAAGCCCACUCUGGUUUGCUCCAGUGCGGUGGGGAGCUGGUCAUACUCGCAGCAACAGCGGCAGAGGGUGUGCUCUGGUGAGGGGCCACUGAAGACGGACCUCAUGGCCUUCAGCCCCAGUCUUCCUCCUGAUCUGGGAUCAGUUGAUGUAGGCGAACAGCAAGGUUUAAAUGUUGAUCAUGGCCUCAAAGUAAGUCCAUUUAAAUUUAGAACUCAUAAAUUCUAUUUGUGGAAAUUGUAAUUACUUUAAAAGUGUUUCAUAUGUAUUUUUCACCGUAUUAUAUAGCGAAAAUUUAAACAUUGUUUUAGUUUUUAGAAACCUUUUAUAAUUAAUUGAAUUUUCUCAGUGGCAUAAUACAGUAUUAAUCAUUCUCCACAAGUUGGGUCUAUUUGGAAACUCAAGUUAUGGUUGGAUGAUAUCCUUUUUUUACUGACCAUUUAUUUUGGCCUGCCUUACAGCCGUCUUCCCUGAACAAUGCUCUAACAACGUCCAGGGUAUUUUGAUCUUUGGUGAAUGUAUUCCCCCAAAACAUUUAUUCUUUUGUCCUUAGGCACUGAACUCUUAAUCUUACUCCAUAUGCUGUACUUUGAAAUGCAUGUUUUAAAUAUGUUGUCGUUAUGUUUACUCUUAUUCACUUUAACAUCUGAGUUUAUUCAUCUUAUUAUCUGACUUUCUGGUGUCUAGUAGUCACAAAUAUCUUUGGUGUUUCACUAUUGCCGUUUUAAGCAAUGUAGUGAUAAAAUACAGAAUAAUAGUGUUUUUCAAAAUUUGAUAGUUUUCAUAUACUUCCUAAUUUUUUUAUAAACUAGUAAAAAAGUAAAAUCAAGAGAGAAGAGAUUUGUAAUGCUUCUUUUAAGUCAUUAUUUAGACCAUUUUACUAUUUGGAGACGUGUUUUUUAUUCUACAUGAUUUUUACAGUUGGGGUGUUGACAACUUAACAUUUUUUGAGCCUCUAUGUUUAGAAAAUGAUUACUUUACUCUUGCAAGUAUCUUCUAAACUCUUAUCAUUCAAUCCUUUGUUCAUGAGUUGGAAUCUUCUCAAUAAUAUUCCACAUUAAAGUGAUAUUUAAUAUGACUUAGAAAAAUGUUUUCAUCAGAAAAACUAUACAUGGUAAUUUCAUUCUUGCAAACCAAACAUAAUUUAUAAAUCUUUAUUAUACAGAAUAUUUGGGAUUAUCAUGGCCCAUUAGUUUGUGUAAAAAUAUUUAGCUUUUUGGGAUAAAUCUUUGAAAAAUCCAAGAUACUUUAUUUUGAUGUCUUUCAAUGUUUUCUUUCUUUUCUUUCCUCUUGUCUUUUUACCUUUGCUUCUUGUGACUGUUCCACCUGCCUUGAUAUUAAAUACCCAUUAGACUUUGAGCAUGUUGCUUUGGAGGAAAUGGUGGAACUUGAUGGAAGGGAAUGAAGGAUUUCUGGGACUCUGAAUUCUUACAGUUUGUUAUUAGCAUUAUUUUAAAUCUUUUAAUCCCUUAAGAACCAAUAAUGUAAUCAUUUAUGGGCAUGUUUUAUCCCCUUUGUCCACCUGAAGGUAACCUCAAAGCAGAAUUAUUUUGUAGUUGAUUUUAAUGUUCUCUUAAUGCCUGUCCAUGUUUAACAUUUUAUUUGACUAUUAGAACACAUUACAUAAAAGCAAAUUGUUUUCAUUUUAGUCCUUUAAGGACUUUAAAAAAUAUGCUUAUCUUUAUUAUCCUGUUUGAAUAGUAUGUGGAGUUUUUCCUUUGUGUAAGUAAUAUUUCCCAUCCUGUCUAUGUCUACCUGGUUCUCAGGUAUUACUUUAAUUACUGAAUUCUCCUAAACAUUUAAUUGACUUUUACAAAAUAUCAUAAAUAAAAGGAUUCUUUCCGCCACCUAGCAUUGUAUUUGGCAACUUAUCAUUUAAGUCAUUUUAGUUCUGUGUUUCUUCAAAUACCUCUCUAAUUGAUAUUUGAAUUUGGGGUUGUGCUUUCACAAUGAGAAAGUCUAAACCUGUUUCUUGUACAUUAAUACUUUUCACUAUUCUAAUUAUGGUGAUGCUUUUAGCUAUUAAGUAUUUCUGGGAUUGAAAUGUGCCAGAAGUUAGUUAUUAAGUAUUGUGGAUUCUGAAGCUCUCUAAAUCAAGUCCUCUCUUUACCAAUUUUUGUAUAUGUAGUCUUUGGUAAAGGAUUUGUUAUUCAGUUCCUUGGCUUUAUAUGUAUGCAUGAUAAAUGUGAAUUCUACUGCAUAUACUUUUUGUAUCAAGUAAGUUAAUAGUUAUAAAUUAUCAAGAAUAAAGUCUGGCAAGUGAUAGGUACAUAAUAAAAUUUAGUUAUCAUUCUUAAGAGAAAAGAAGUUAGUGAUUGCAAGAAGGAAACCUAAAAUGUCAGAAAGUCAUUAUGACCGUCCAUACUAAUCUUAUUUUUAUGUAAAAUUAUCUUUUAUAAAGUCAUUUUUAGAUUAACCUAGGAUGUUUCAAUACUUUGAGUGUUGUGUGGUGGAAUGAAAAAAAUCUAAAGGUUAUUAUGAGUUUAGGAAAGUCAAGUUAAUACCACCUAUGUGGAAAAAAAUUUUCUGGAAUGGUUAAAGUCCUUCCAAGGAAUGUGUAGACUAUCUUACAUUGGUAGUUGUAUGUUUCCCAUAUUUAAAAGUUGCCUGAGACCUUGCAGAGGGCUGAGUAGGUGUUUGAGAUCUUUGUAUGUUUCUUUCCAUUAAUAGUAUUUUUCUUAAAAAGAAGUAUACGAUAAUAUUUUGAUGAUGAUUUGAAGUCAAUUUAUGUUGUAGUUCUAUGAAUUAAGUAGACCAUUUAUGUAGAGUGUUGUAGAA